CUAGGUAUUUACUGUGUCAUUAUAUGGGACGUAAACAACUUCAACAUGUACAUGCAACGCACAAUACAUCGUGAUCGGAAGUUUAAUAUUUAAAAAAGAAAACAAUGGAUAAAAGUGAAUGUAUAACAAAUUCUUUGUGUUGUUUAUCUAGAAAUUUCUGGGACAAUUUGAAACCAGUAGCGGAAUGUUGUUCCAAUGAAGUGACAAACACGUUACAACAUCUGUCCAAAACUUGGUCCACGUCAACACCAAGUGAUGAAGCAAGAGCAAUUUACUUCGAACUUGAGACUGCCAUUAUGUCAGUGGAAAAGUACAGUUUACUAAUUGCCGGAGUUCUUAUGUUAGUUGCAACACUGGUGUUAAUUUUAGGAACAUGUUACAUGACCUGUUUCCAUAACGACACGUUAAAAUAUAGUGCUGUUCCUCAAUUUGACUUCUUGGACGAGGGCAUGCGUGAUCUUGAGAGUUUAAUACACAGGCUUUCGGAAAUAAAACAUCCUUUACACAAAACUGUUAAACAUUUAGCCUCUGAAUUUGAGGAAUUUGACCUGUUUAAAUCAAAGGAACCUGUAUCCGAUAUUUGAAAAUAUGGCUUCAUAGUAAAAUAGGAAAGGUACUUCAGAUCGAAUAGUGUAUUAACAAACAUGCACUUUUUUUGUUUUAGCGGUAUCUAAAGGACGAUAUAGUUUUCAUGAUAGUAUGCGACUAUGUUCUGAGUAAAACAUUUUAACGAAAAGGAAAACAAGUUGGCGUCCGAGGAUAUAUGAAUGUCUGGAUGAAUGGAUUGUUAAAACAAUGUUGGGUUCUGAGGUGUAGAAAUGGAAAUGGGUGGAUAAAUGAAUGGAUGGAUAUAUGAAUACAGCCGAUAUAUGAAUAAAUUAAUUGACUUGACGAAUUGAUGGAAGAAUGAAUGAAUAAAUAGAGUUGAAGAAUAAAUUGAAGGAUGGAUGGAUAAAUGAAUGGAAUAAAUUGAAUGAUGGAUAGAUGGAUAAAUGAAUGGAUAAAUAAAUGGAAUGAAUUGAAUGAUGAAUGGAUGGAUGGAUAAAUGAAUGGAAUAAAUUGAAUGAUGGAUGGAUGGAUGGAUAAAUGAAAGGAAUAAAUUGAAUGAUAGGUGGAUGAACAAAUGGAUAGAUAAAUGGUGUUAUUUGAAUGUACCGACUUGCUUAAAGUAGGUGAUUUGUUGUAUAAAAAUGAUGGACAGAUUAAACAAGUGAUGGGUGGAUGGUUCCAGAAGUAAAAAACAAAAAGGGGAAGGUGAGCGGAGAAUCUUGUCCACUGACAGAUAAUUACAAUGUAUAUAAAAUGAUAUUAAAAAUAACGCAAGUUUAAUUAAAACGUUCUGUAUCUUUUAACGAAAAUACAAUCGUUUAGUCUACUAUGCAUAAAGAAAUGUAUCAACGGGACCAAGAUAAUUAGUACAUACGAUACCCAAUUUAUAUUGCACUGAUGGGAUUGGCUGUAACCAUGAAAAGACAUCUCAACGAUAUGUAUGUACUACUAAAAUCCAACCAAAGUGUGCUUAAGGUUUUAUAGACAUUUUUUAACUCGGGGUUGAACGUAUUAUGCAAAUAAUUGUAUGUAAAUGAUUCCAAGAUAUAAUCAGUUGUUGAGUGGUUACUUUUUUUGAACACAUUUUGUUUAUGUUAUUAUUUAAUGUUAGGAGAUAACCGCUUUAUAUAUUUAGAAUUAUUAUACCUACGUUAUUUCUUAUACGAUUUUAUAAUAAAAUUACGAUAUAAUUAU